CUUACUUUUUCUCCGCUGGUUUAGCUUGCCAUCUGAACUCAAAUGGUGGUGGUGGUUGCGGUGUUGGAAGAAGAGGAAUAUCAAGAAGAAACCUCCUCCUCUUCCUCCUUAUCCAAUAUGUCAUCAUGACUUAUCUUUUAGUAAUAAGGAUCUCUAUCUUUUUAAUAUGCACGGAGGGCCGUUUUCCGGCGAUUUGAAGGCGAUCAUACAGUCUACGAUCUUCUCCCAAUGCUUGGAACUGAUCAAACAGUUUCCACAUAUCUCAUACCCCAUCCCCUGUCUGCAAUCCCCCCUGAUGGCCUGAUUACAUCUGAAGGUUGCGAUGUUCUUUAUCAAUGCCCUUAUCGUGGAUUGGAUGGUUGCAAUAAUGGUAUUGGUGGUAGAGGGUUAUUGAGAGGUUCUUUGUUUAACCACUUGAAGAAUCAACAUUACAGAAGGGAAGAAGGUAAGAACAGAUGCCGCGAGAGAUUACGAAGCAAUGGAGAUGUUUACAUGGAUUGGGAUUCAGUUCUGCUGCAUUUGAAGAGUUGGCUUUGCUCUCAAUGCAUGCACAUCAAUGCUUGGGGUAAGAAGUGUAAACUGCAUCAGGGAUAUGUGGUUUCUGCUCUGGUUACUGUUGUAGGUGUAGAAGCUCUUAGCAGUUCCAGUGCCUUCACCGUUGCAGGGACAGACAAGCCAAAUGAGGUAGUUCUACCUGCAGUGAGUUUAGAACUACUUCAUACUGUUUUUCAGACCGAUAUCCCAACUGUCUCGAGUAUCCCUUCCAAGUGCAGGCUCCACUUUGCUCGUACUUUCAAAGUUGUUCUUCAGAAAGUCGUUGCUUCGCCCAAGGAACUGGUUCCAUGGAUUCAACUCCUACUCUUCCCUGUUUGCAUUCUCCAUAUGUACAUUCCAGAGAGCAGUCAAGAAGAUAAAGCUUCUACCAAGAAAAAGAUGCAAAUUAGGUCCAUUAACUUGGCCUUGAAUCAAUGGGAAGAAGUUAAUGGAUAUAUGAGGCUGAUUCAUAAUGUUCUGGAUGAGCACCGGAAUAUUCAGAAGCUACAGGAAGAAGUUAAGAAGAAGAAGACACAUCCGGUAAGUCAAGAAGCUACUAACCUUCGACUAUGCAUAGGCAAACUGCGUAAAGGCCUGUAUGCUGUAGCUAUUCGCACUCUCACAUCCAGUGGAAUUGCUCCUAACAAUGAAGGAACCUUGAAUGAGCUUCGGAGUAAGCAUCCAUCAGCGGCUCCGCCACAGAUUCCUUCUAUCCCAAUAGCGCAAGAGGCAAUGACGGCUUCAGCUGAUCUUGUCUUGGGCCGUCUUAGAAGUUUCCCCAAGGGGACUUCCUGUGGAAGAGAUGGUCUUAGGGCACAUCAUCUUUUGGAUGCCAUUAGUGGUUCCGCAGCUGCCAUUUCAGAAGAGGUACUCGCAGCCAUCACAGAGGUAGUUAAUCUUUGGCUUUCAGGCAUGUGUCCUCCUAUUUUAGGGGAGUUCGUUGCGAGUGCACCGCUUACACCAUUGAUUAAGCCGGGAGGUGGCUUGCGUCACAUUUCUGUAGGGACUAUAUGGAGAAGGCUCGUCUCCAAAUGCGCUGCAACACAUGUUGGCAAAGAAGUCAAUGCUUAUUUAGGGGAUUAUCAGUUUGGAGUGGGUGCCAAAUGUGGUGGAGAGGCGAUCUUACAUGAUGUUAACCGCAUGAUUGAGGAGAAAGGGGACUCGAACAAUCUUUCCAUGUUACUGGUAGAUUUCUCGAAUGCUUUUAACCUCAUUGACCGGUCUUUCUGAGGUACGUAAUUUGUGCCCAUGGAUUUCUCGUUGGGUUGAAUUCUGUUACGCUUCUCCUGCUCGUUUAUAUUACGUGGAUCAUGUUCUCGCCUCUUCCCAGGGUGUACAACAAGGGGAUCCUCUUGGGCCUUUGUUGUUUGCUCUUACUCUUCACCCCUUGGUUAAAAAAAUUAUCGUGCAAUGUGAGCUUGAAUUGCAAGCUUGUUACUUAAAUGAUGGUACCUUGAUAGGAGAUACUCUUAUGGUUGCAAAGGAUUUUAAGAUCAUUCAAGAUUAUGGGGGUGUAAGGGGUUUAUACUUGAAUGUAGCCAAGACAGAACUUUUUUGGCCCUCUCCAGACCCUAGAGCGUUAGUUCCUGGAGUUUUCCCUCCAAAUAUCAGUAGGCCAACUAAGGGUGUGAAGCUUUUGGGUGGGUCGGUCGGUCAUCCUUGAUGCUCAAUUCAAUAAAGAUUUGGUUGUUAGUAGAGUGCGUAAGACUAUAGCCCUCAUUGAUGCUGUAGAGAAAUUAGAAGACCCGCAAGGUGAAUUGCUUUUGUUUCGGAAUUGCACUGGUGUUUCGAGACUUUAUUUCACCUUGAGAAAAACUAAGCCUGAUUUUUUACAAGAAACUCAAGACUUAUUUGACGCUCGGCUGUUUCAAUUCCUUAGACACAUCAUUACUGGUGAUGUCCCUGGCUACAGAUUCCUUCAGAAAAGGCUUUCUACUUUUCCAUUCAAACAUGGAGGUAUGGGUGUGUACACUAUACAGGAUACCAAACAUUAUUGUUUCCUUGCAUCUUGUUUACAGAUCCUAGAGCUACAGUCCACUAUUUUGAGGGGUGAUAGGAUCAGUAGUAGUGACCCCUCUCUUCAGCGUGCUUUGGACUCCUUCAAUUCACUGUGUGUCGCCGUUUCCCCUCUUUGCUCAAGUAAUUUUGCCACCCAUUCCAUGAACUCAUUGUAAAAUAUUUACUUUGAUGCGUUGAAGGAAAACAUACCCACCAAUUAUACUAUGUCGGAGCGUGAUUCUGUUUUAUGGCAUAACAUGCCAAACAAAACAUGCUUGUGACUUUUUAAUGGCGAUUCCAAUUUUGGGGCUUAGUAAAACUAUUGGAGCUAGGCAAUUUAGUGCAAUUCUCCGAUACAGAUUUGGGAUCCCUUUCUUCGAGGAAAAUGGUGCUUGUCCAUUCUGCAAGAGGGAUAUGGAUAUUUUCGAUGAUCAUGCCUUGCAUUGUGCGAAUGAAAUUGGGCUUAAAUUUAGACAUGAUUUGGUGCGAGACACUAUUGCCAUGUGUUACCGUGCGGGUGUGCCGGCUAGGAAGGUGGUUGACUUGGGGCUUCUUGCGAACAAUGACACUGCUUUGAGACCGGCUGACAUACUUCUGCAUAAUUGGGAUAAUGGUCGUGAUGUGUGUUUUAAUGUGACUGGUGUUUCGCCUUUUACCGGGGGUGGAGUUCGUACCUUUACCUCGGGUCUCGCCAUUAAGAAUGAUGUUACUCGCAAGAAUGCUAAAUAUUUGGAGAAAUGCACGGGUUUUGAGACAAUUGCCUUUACCACCUUAGGGGAAUUGGUUGAUGGUUUCGUAAACUUUUUGAAGCGUUUGCGCAAUUAUAUGUCUAGUCAUGAUGCUAAUGUUCGAGUCGGAGAAUUUCUUUUUUAUAGGUUAAGCGUAGUUAUUGAAAAGGGUGUUGGAGCACAUCUUAUUGCUAGGCUUCCUUCUAAUUUCUUACCGGAUGAUAGUUUUUCCGAGUUGUAAUUUUUUAUUUAUUUAUUUACAUAUUUAUAUUUAUAUAUAAAUAAAAUAUGUGUAUACGUGUCUGCAUCCUAGUUUUUUA